AGCCUUACACAUUCACGGGAAACAGAGGGAGAAGAAGGUCAUGAGGAAAAUAAACGGCGGGCGCGCUAAAAUUUUUACCGGUGAUCAAAGAUGCUUCACAACUCUAGUGAACUCUGCUAUCUCGGGAUGUCCAAAGCAAAACUCUGUGUCCUUUUGGGCUGCUUCUUCUUGUCUUCAGCGCUUGUUGGAGCACAAAGUUCCAAAACUCAUCCAGAUGAAGUGAGCGCAUUGCAAACCAUCGAGAAAAGUUUGAUUGAUCCCAAGAAAAAUUUGGCUAAUUGGAAGCGAGGAGAUCCGUGCACAUCCCGUUGGACUGGAGUUUUAUGCUCUAAUACAACCCCAGAUGAUGGCUUUCUGCAUGUCACAGAAUUGCAACUACUGAAUAUGAAUCUUUCAGGAUCUUUAUCACCAGCACUUGGCCGCUUGCCUCAUCUGUUGACAUUGUGUUUUAUAUGGAACAAAAUUAAUGGGAGUAUACCAAAAGAGAUUGGCAAUAUCACAACCUUGAAGCUAUUGCUCUUGAAUGGGAACCAAUUGACAGGUUCCUUGCCUGAUGAGCUCGGCAAUCUGUCAAAUCUAGACAGGAUUCAAAUUGACGAGAAUAACAUAUCUGGACCAAUACCUACAUCAUUUGCAAAAUUAAACGAAAUAGUGCAUUUGAGUCUCAGGAACUGUAACUUGCACGGAUCAGUCCCUGACCUAAGUGGAAUACCCAACCUUGGUUAUCUCCUUUAUCCUGUUUAUGAUAACGCUACCAACAAUUGUCAUUCAUUCAAUGCAAGUGAAGUUCAACGAAUCAGGAACACGUUCAUUCAAUACAAGAUCCCUGUUGAUGAUAGACUUGGACCUUCUGAACUUAAGAACUUCCCUUUGCCAGCAUCUAGAGCCUUGUUAAAAAUUGAUGGUGUCAAGAGUUUCACUUAUGGAGAAUUGGCCUUAGCAACAAACAAUUUUGAUUUCCAAGCUCAAAUUGGCCAAGGUGGAUAUGGAAAGGUUUAUAGAGGCACUCUGGUUGAUAGCACGAUUGUGGCCAUAAAACGUGCACAACAAGGGUCAUUGCAGGGUGAAAAGGAGUUCCUAACUGAAAUACAACUGUUGUCAAGGUUACAUCAUCGAAACCUUGUUUCUUUGGUUGGUUAUUGUGAUGAAGAAGGUGAACAGAUGUUGGUAUAUGAAUAUAUGUCUAAUGGCACUCUGCAAUAUCAUCUUUCAGGAAAGAUUAAAAAGCCUCUGAGUUUCGCAAGGAGGUUGAGAAUAGCUCUUGGUUCAUCCAAGGGAAUCCUCUACCUACACACAGAAGCUGACCCUCCUAUAUUUCAUCGAGAUAUCAAGGCCAGCAACAUAUUAUUGGAUUCUAAAUUUGUCGCAAAGGUUGCCGAUUUUGGACUUUCACGAAUUGCUCCGGUGCCAGAUAUUGAAGGUGCAACACCUACGUAUGUGUCUACUGUUGUAAAAGGGACUCCAGGUUACCUUGAUCCAGAGUAUUUCCUAACGCAUAAGUUAACAGACAAGAGUGAUGUAUAUAGCCUUGGUGUUGUGUUUUUAGAGCUUUUAACAGGGAUGCAACCAAUUUCACAUGGCAAAAACCUUGUUCGAGAGGUUAACAUUGCGUAUCAAUCUGGUACAAUAUUUUCGGUUCUUGAUGUAAGAAUGGGUUCAUAUCCUUCUGAAUGUGUGGAGAAGUUUGUGAAUUUGGCCAUGAAAUGUUGCCAAGAUGAGACAGAUUCAAGACCUUCCAUGGCAGAGGUGGUCCGAACUCUAGAAACUAUAGGGCUGAUGAUUCCAAGGUACUCUGACCCCUCGCUAGUAGAAUCCAUGGAAGGUGACCCAGAAACAACAUCUACUACUCCACCUUCGUCAUCCUCUAUGGUGAAGAAUCUGUACAUAUCCUCAUAUGUUUCUAGUAGUGACCUUAUUAGUGGAGCAACUCCCACCAUCACGCCUAGAUAAGAUAAGACCAUACGACACAAACUGCUCUCGCUUUAAUAAGUCUUUGACUCUUGACUGUUGUUGUAUACUUACAUUGGUUCUCUCAUUUCUGCUACUAUAUAGUUAGUUUUUUACACCAUCAGGCUACAUCAUUUAUCAUUUGCAUAAAAUAUAAAA